CUCAGGUAACCGAUGGAGAACAGGACAGAAGUGACAGAGUUCAUCCUGCUGGGACUGUCCAAUGACCCAGGUCUACAGCUUCCCCUCUUUGUGACCUUCCUCCUCAUCUACACCAUCACUCUGGUUGGGAACCUGGGGAUGAUCCUGCUGAUUCUCCUGGACUCCCAUCUCCAUACUCCCAUGUACUUUUUCCUUAGUAACCUGUCUCUGGUGGACUUUUGCUACUCUUCAGCUGUCACUCCUAUGGUCAUGGCUGGGCUCCUUCUAGGAGACAAAGUUAUUUCCUACAAUGCUUGUGCUGCUCAGAUGUUCUUUUUUGCAUUAUGUGCCAAUGUGGAAAAUUUCCUCUUGUGCUCAAUGGCCUAUGAUCGCUAUGCAGCAGUGUGUAAGCCCCUGCACUACACCACCACCAUGACGACAAGAGUGUGUGCAUAUCUGAUCAUAGGCUGCUAUGUCUGUGGUUUCCUGAAUGCCUCCAUCUACACUGGGAACACGUUCAGUCUCACCUUCUGUAAGUCCAGUGUGGUCCAUCAUUUCUUCUGUGACAUUCCAGCAGUUGUGGCUGUCUCUUGCUCUGACAGACAUCUCCAUGAGCUGGUUCUUAUUUAUGUAGCCAGCUUCAAUAUCUUGUUUGCUCUCCUACUUAUCUUCGUAUCCUAUAUAUUUAUCUUUAUUACCAUCCUAAAAAUGCGCUCAGCUGCAGGGUAUCGGAAAGCCAUAUCCACCUGUGCCUCCCACCUCACUGCUGUCUCCAUGUUCUAUGGGACUGUUAUCUUCAUGUACUUACAGCCUAGCUCCAGUCACUCCAUGGACACUGACAAAGUUGCCUCUGUGUUCUACACCAUGGUCAUCCCCAUGCUGAACCCUAUGGUCUACAGCCUCAGGAACAAGGAGGUCAAGAGUGCAUUCUCAAAGAUUUUUUUGAAGGCAAAAUAA